AUGCCUAUUCUGUUGAGAAAAUGUCAGCUUUCCGUCGACUUUUUGUCAAUUCUGGGAUCACCAGCUUUUACAAUAAAAAAAUUGUCAUUUUUUCCAGAUCGAGCUGAGGAAACUUGCCCUGAUUUUGAAUUGAAUGAUUUCUGUCUCUCGCAAUGUCGGCUUUCAUACAUCGAUUGUACUGAAGAAUGUGAAUCUUCAUCAUGCCAGAAUUUAUGUCUUUUGAACUUCCAAGAUUGCAAUGACUUUUGCCCCUGUGAAGUUGGUUGUCCAGAAGGUUGCAAAAACUGCGACAAUCCACUUUGCACCGAAAAAUCUCCAGCUGAUCAUCAAAUUAUGGUCAUUCCAGAGUAUCUCAGCAAAGCGUACAGUAUUUCUGGUGAUGGCAAAUUAAUAAAUCCAGGAUAUUCCUUGUCUGCUCCUUCUGAUGACUAUGCAAAAUGGUCAGCAAAUGCGAUUUUUAGUGACCAAUUAUUCAUUUUUGGCGGCGAUUCUGACAGAAAAAAGGUUGCUCAAUUGGAUGGAUGUGAGUUCAAAGAGCUUCAUAUGAGGCUGAGUAUAGAAGCCUACGUUGGUACUGCGGCUUUGACAGCCAUCAACGACGACCACGUACUCAUAUGCUUUGGAACAAACUCUGAGAACAAGUGCAAUCUUUUCACAGGCUCUGCAGUCAAUUCCGUUUCCUCUACAACAUUUGGUCAUCGACACGGAUCUCUUGGUUAUUACCAUGGCAGACCAACGACUGUUAGCAGCUCUUCUACUGAUGGAUACAGUAAGGUUGAAUCGUUGGCAGAGGACGGCAGUUGGAUUCGACAAUCUGAUCACCCAAGGCACCAAAAGUUUUCCAAAUAUUACUUAGUUUUUAAUUUAAGCAAUAUCCAUGCGCAUAACUUGAUUGGCUUGCCGAGUGGAGCAUUGAUGAUGGUCGGAGGGUACAAAAGACAAACAGAUGAUUAUGUUACGGAUAUUUGGCUGCUAAACUCAGAAGAGUGGAGUCUCGUUGGAGAUUUACAAAAGAGCGUUGCCUAUGGUUCUGUUUUAUCAAUCGACUCCUCUGUCUACAUUUUUGGCGGACGAGGAGAUACAGAAAUCGCAUGGGAGUACCAGUAUCCAAUUCAAAGAAUCGAUCUCGAUAAAGAAGAAGAGAUCGAAAAUGUUACCGAAAUCGGCAGUCACGGAGAGCACUUUUACAAUCCUGUUAUUUUUGAAGUAACUGAUGAGUUUUGUCGGAUGAUCUGA